AUGUGCACACCUUACAGGGUAAGGGAGAAAGAUCUCGACGAGGUCCUGCAGACACACACGGUGUUUGUCAACGUCUCCAAAGGUCAGGUGGCAAAGAAGGAAGAUCUUGUUCAAGCCUUUGGGACAGAUGACCAAACAGAAAUCUGUAAGAUGAUUCUAGCAAAAGGGGAGCUGCAGGUGUCGGACAAGGAGCGCCACACGCAGCUGGAGCAGAUGUUCAGAGACAUUGCGACCAUCGUGGCUGACAAGUGUGUGAAUCCUGACACCAAGCGGCCCUACACCGUCAUCCUGAUAGAAAGAGCCAUGAAGGACAUUCACUACUCUGUCAAACCACACAAGAGCACGAAGCAGCAGGCACUGGAAGUGAUCAGACAGUUAAAGGAGACCAUGCAAAUUGAACGGGCUCACAUGAGGCUGCGAUUUAUUCUCCCAGCAAAGGAGGGGAAGAAACUGAAAGAGAAGCUUAAGCCACUGGUUAAAGUUAUUGAGAAUGAAGACUUCCAUGAACAUCUGGAAAUUGUGUGCCUUAUUGACCCCGGCUGCUUCAGAGAGAUUGAUGAGCUGAUCCGGAGUGAGACAAAAGGGAAGGGAACACUGGAAGUGCUCAGUCUGAAGGACGUGGAGGAAGGAGAUGAAAAGCUGGAAUAACAGAACCCAUCCU